AUGACCCACAACCAACUAGUCACGCUAGCACCACCACCACCACCCCCUUCCGACCUGAUAGCUUCAGCUUUGUUCCUACCUCUACAUGCUGUUAAUAUAGAACAUAGAGGAAGGAAGUUGAGAUUUGUAGGACAGGUUUUAGCAUUCCAUCCUCCCACUUCACUCCUCCUUCUCACAUCUUUCCCUGCUGCGUCCAACCCACAUUCACCUUCACCCACGAUCCUGGUGAAUAUCUCAAUACCUCUGAUGGGUCAGAGUCCGUCCCUCAAGGAUGUAUCAGCAGCAGCCGGGUCGAGCUCUCAUAAUCACACUGCCCAAUCAUCCUCAGAGGGACGAUCGGGGAGAGUAGCAAUCAAUCGCGAAGCAUUGACGCUAAAUGGAGGUGAAUGGGUGAACGUAGUGGGAUGGUUAGAAGGUGAUGGUGAGAGGAUGGUAAGGAAGGUCAAAACGUCAUCCAGCUAUUUGAAACCACUACCUAUCAUCCUCGAAGCUAUACACCUGUCCAAUGCUCGACCACCACCCGUUGAUGCGAUGUACAGAGGUAACAUAGCCGGAUGGGAUGGUACAAGGACGGACACGAAGAUGAAAGGUGGUGAAGACGAACCAAUUAUAAUCGAUGAUGACGACGAAGCAGAUGAUGUUCUGGAGAGUACACCGAAAUCCAAACGAUAA